AUGGCCGACCGCGACAAUGGUGCCCGCCGGAGGAGAUCGAGCAGCAUCCUCCAGGUGUAUCACGAGCCCCCCGAGACGCUCGAGCAGAUCAGUGAUCAGGCGGCCCUGCCCAAUCUCAACGCCAACUGGACCAACGCAAAAGGUAAUUCUCUCCUUGUUCUCCCUCCCCCGGCGUCGGACCGGUCUUGGACCAUCCACAUUGUCCUGAUAGCUUGCCUCAAGAUCUUCUAUGAUGUGAUCCCCGGCGUGUCCCAGGAGACUUCGUGGACGCUGACCAACAUGACAUACAUGUUCGGCUCGUACCUCAUGUUCCAUUACGUCCGCGGUGUGCCCUUCGAGUUCAACAGCGGCGCGUUCGACAACCUAAACAUGUGGGAGCAGAUUGACAAUGGCGCCCAAUACACGCCCACCAAGAAGUUUCUUCUAAGUGUCCCCAUUGUCCUGUUCCUCCUGAGCACGCAUUAUACCCACUACGACCUGGCCUAUUUCAUCAUCAACUUUCUUGCAGUCCUGGGUGUUAUUAUCCCUAAGCUGCCUUUUGUGCGUUUGCCCCGUCCAGUCCCAGCCUCCGGCGUCCGAGACCGCCUGAGUGGCCCGGCGGGGCUUGCAGCAGGCGUACCUGCGGAGGUGAUUUGCAGAAUCCGCACAAAAGCAGGCACGGGAGCAACAAACUCAAUGGCGGGAGGAGGCACGGGGCCGAGAGGCGGAGCCAGGGGAACUCAAGUCAAGGUGGAUACAUACCAUAGCGAGCAUAAUCGGGCACAAUAG